UAAGAAUUAUUUCAUAACCGGACUAAUUGUGCGCUACGCGAUAGUACUACAGACCGCGUAGUGAAAAUCGUCAAUAUGGUUAAGGGAUCGGUAUUUGCUGUGACCGGUGGUUCUUCAGGAUUAGGAAAAGGAGUGGCAGAAGUUCUUCUUACUCAUGGAGCGAAAGUAAUAAUCCUAGAUAUUCAAACUCUAAUUGAUGAUAGUUUAAAGCCUUUUGCAGAUAAUAUGUGCUAUGUGAAAACUGAUGUAACGUCGGAAGAGGACGUUAAAGAAGCACUUGCGACUGGAAAAAGAAAAUUUGGGAAAUUGAACGGAAUAGUUAGUUGCGCUGCUUUUGUUGGCGAUGUUGAGCCAAUAUAUGACACGAAAACAAAACGACUUAGUAGUUUAGACAAUUUUCGCAAAGAAGUAAAUGUUAAUCUUAUUGGAACACUAAUUUCUAUUCGGCAAGCGCUUCCUUUGUUAAUUGAAAAUGAGAAAGAUGCUGAUGGAGUAAGAGGAGUUAUUAUUACUAUUUCAAGUGUUGUUGGUCUUAAUGGAACCCCAAAAAUGUUGGGAUAUUCCGCCAGCAAAGGUGGUUUAAUAAACAUUAUUCCUCCUCUCGCAAUUGAAUUGAGAAAUUAUGCAAUACGCAUUAUGGACAUAGCGCCAGGUGUAUGUAAAACCCCGAUGAUUGAUAAGGCUUUCGGCCCCAAAGCAGCAGCGCAACUGAAUAACGAUUUUCCUCCAAGGCAAAUAGAACCUGUGGAAUUUGGAACAUUUGUAAAACAUGUUAUCGAAUCGCCCAUGCUCAAUGGAACAUGUAUCAAAUUUGGCGGACGACAGGAUGUUGCCACAGGACUUGUGGAGUGAAUGAGGAAGCUUCAUUUUUUUUUCCUACUAAAAAAUCAUCCAUUUUGUUACUAAAUUAUUUCUAUUUCAGUUGGCUUUGUGGAUGGUUUAUUUAAAUAAUGCAAUAAAAUAUUAAUUACUUAUAUUUAUACAUGCCAGAAUUCCCAGCUUUCAUCGCUUGAAGUUUGGCGUGUUUAAAAUAUCUGAGCAUUUUGGGGGAAAUAAAAAUGCGUUUUGGUUCCCGAGAAA